AUGAUUGUUUGUGUUGAUUUCUUUUACAGAACAUCAUUGAUUCGCCCUGAUUCGUUGAAUGCAGUCUUUGUGGUUGUUCAGGAGCCGAUCAUAGAACUGAUUAAUGGAAAUCCUAAGGCUGGCUGGAAAGCGGACAUGAAUCCUAAAUUUUAUAAUUUCACAGUUAGCCAAUUUAAGCGUCUUCUUGGUGUGAAACCUACACCUGCACAUGCUUUUAGGGGAAUUCCAAUUGUUGUUCAUCCAAGAACUUCAGAUUUGCCAGCUGAAUUUGAUGCUAGAACAGCUUGGCCUCAAUGUCACACAAUUGGAAGAAUUCUUGAUCAGGGUCAUUGUGGUUCUUGUUGGGCUUUUGGUGCUGUUGAAUCCCUAUCUGAUCGUUUUUGUAUCCAAUACAACAUGAAUAUAUCACUCUCUGUGAAUGAUAUUCUUGCUUGCUGUGGAUUUUUGUGCGGUAGCAGUUGUGAUGGCGGUUAUCCUAUUUAUGCUUGGAGAUACUUUAAGCAUCAUGGUGUUGUCACAGAAGAGUGUGACCCUUAUUUCGAUAGUACUGGUUGCUCCCACCCGGGAUGUGAACCUGCAUAUGACACUCCCAAGUGUUCGAGAAAGUGUGUAAACACAAACAUGCUCUGGAAGAAAUCAAAGCACUUCAGUGUCAGCGCAUACAGAGUCGGUUCAGACCCACACAGUAUUAUGGCAGAAGUUUACAAGAACGGACCAGUAGAAGUUGCCUUCACUGUUUAUGAGGAUUUUGCGCACUACAAAUCAGGAGUUUACAAACACAUAACGGGUGAUGUUAUGGGUGGUCAUGCUGUGAAGCUGAUUGGAUGGGGAACUUCUGCUGAUGGGGAAGACUAUUGGCUUCUAGCAAAUCAAUGGAACACAGGCUGGGGAGAUGUGAGUUCUGUUUGUUGGUUACUUGGUUUUAGUUGAAAGCCUAAGAAUGUUCCUGAUUAU